CGGGCAAGUCUCGCUCCCAAAUCGCAACUGCGUUUCGUCACCGCCUUUCUGAUCGUCGCCUCCUACGAUUUUUAAGUGUGCGCGUUCACUGCGGUGCUCUCACCCGUGAGGAACGUUAGAAAAAUUCGUACAGGGGAAAUUCCUUACCUUUACAAGGUUUUAAAGGAUUGCUGUAUGUCUGCCGGUAUUCAGAACCUCAAAACUUUUGACCCCUUUGCUGAUGCCAUCAGGGGUGAUGAGCAAGGUGUCCAGGACGGUCUAAUCCACGUUCGUAUCCAGCAGCGCAACGGUCGGAAGACCCUCACGACAGUGCAGGGCAUAUCAGAUGACUAUGACAAGAAGAAAAUCGUGAGGGCCUGCAAAAAGGAGUUUGCCUGCAACGGCACAGUGGUGGAGCAUCCCGAGUAUGGCGAAGUCAUGCAGCUGCAAGGAGACCAGCGCAACAACAUCUGCCAGUUCCUGACGCGCAUCGGCAUUGCCAAGCCCGAGCAGCUCAAGGUGCACGGCUUCUGAGCAGCACACCAUGUACCUUCUGCUCGUGGACCACUUCCACCAACAAAAAUCAGCACCAGAUUGACGCCCAGACCUUUCCGGGAGGAUGUGGCUGGGAGAUUUCUUUUUUGCUUGUCUGUUCUUUCUGUCCUAAAUAAAAUUGUACAAAAUGG